AUGCAUCGAACCUAUUCUUUGCGCCAGACUCGUGCGCCCACUGCCUCACAGCUUGAGAGUCCUCCGCCGCCAAUCUCUUCAACCAAGACCAAUAGAAUUUUUGGAGGCACAAGCUUUGGCCAUGCUUUCCGUAAAACAGCCGCCGGUAGUUUUGGCCCAGAUCUCGCUAAGAAGCUUUCACAACUGGUGAAGAUGGAGAAAAACGUUAUGCGCAGUAUGGAAUUGGUUGGAAGAGAGCGAAUGGAGGUUGCGCAACAACUAUCUCUGUGGGGAGAAGGCUGUGACGAUGAUGUUUCUGAUAUCACUGAUAAGCUUGGAGUUCUGAUAUAUGAAAUCGGCGAGUUGGAAGACCAAUUUAUCGAUAGAUACGACCAAUACCGGGUGACAAUCAAGAGUAUUCGUAAUAUCGAAGCUUCUGUUCAGCCCAGCAGAGACCGCAAACAAAAAAUCACGGAUCAGAUAGCACAGCUUAAAUACAAGGAUCCAAACUCGCCUCGUCUUGUCGUAUUAGAGCAGGAACUGGUCCGAGCUGAAGCAGAAUCCCUCGUUGCCGAGGCACAGCUUUCAAAUAUCACCCGCGAAAAGGUCAAAGCUGCAUUUAACUACCAGUUUGAUGCAUUGAGGGAACACUGUGAGAAAUUGGCAAUUAUUGCAGGUUACGGGAAACAUCUCGUUGAAUUGAUUGACGACACACCCGUGACACCUGGCGAAACACGGGCAGCUUAUGAUGGAUAUGAUGCUAGCAAAGCCAUAAUCCAAGACUGUGAGGAUGCAUUGACAAACUGGGUCUCCUCUAGCGCAGCAGUUCACUCUAAGCUUUCCACCCGGUCUCGCACUCUAUCCCAACGAAGGCGGAACAACAUUUCCAAAGCCCGUGCUGAUGGAGGGGACAUGAGCGGCCAUGAACAGUCAAUGCGUGGAGACCGUGACUCGUGGGUGCCUGCGGAACAACACCCCACUUAUACCCAGUCACAAGCGGACGACGAUGAUAUUUACGAAGAUGAUGACGUUGUCCAAAACGGUGAUGGAUUGAGAGAGGAAGAGAGGGCACAAGUUGUUGCGUAA